AUGACGACUGCAGCAACGUCUGUGUCUGAGCUGAGGGUUGUUCUGCUGGGGAACAGCUGCUCUUUGAGGAGAAAUGUUGGGAACGCCAUCCUGGGACAGACCAAGUUCAGAACUGAGGAAGAACCAAACUGCUGUUCAUCUGUCAGAGGACAACUGGAAGACAAAGAAAUAGUUCUGAUCAACACUCCAGACCUGCUGCUUCCAGACGUCUCUGAGGACAAAGUGAAGGAACAUGUAGAAACGUGUGUGAGGCUCUCUGAUCCUGGACCUCAUGUGUUCCUGCUGGUUCUGCAGCCUGAAGACUUCACUGAGGAGCACAAACAGAGGCUCUGCAGAGUCCUUAAACUGUUCAGUGAUCGAUCAUUUGAUCAUUCAUUGAUUCUGAUAUCAACAUCCAAAGAGGAGGCCUCAGGUACCAUAGAGCAGUAUCCAGCUGUGAGAGAGAUGAGGAGCUUGUGUGGAGACAGAUACCUGUUACAGGAGAAAUCUGAACUUUCAGGCCUGUUAACACUCUUGGAUCAAAUUAUAACAGAGAACAACGGAGAGCAUCUGAGCUGUGAUGGAUUUGAUGAAGUGAAGGAUUUCUGUUUAAUGAAGAGAUCUGAACACAUCAAACCAUCUUUAACUCUGGAGCUGUUUGAAGAACCAGAGAAUGAAAAAGAAUGGGAGGAAGAAUUUGAGUGGAAGCAAAAUGAAUGGUGGGAAAAACGACGCCUGCAAGAUGAACAGAAAUAUGAUAUGAAACCACUGACACGCAGUUCCAGCUAUGGGUUACUGCCACCUGACAUGUCCGAGCUGAGGGUGGUUCUGCUGGGGAACAAAGGGUCAGAGAUGAGAGCAGUGGGGAACAUGGUACUAAGAGAGGAGAAGUUCUGUACUGAAAAAGCAGAAGACUGCUGUGUAGAAUUCAGUACACCCUUUAAGGAAAAACGAAUAGUUGUCAUUAACACCCCAGACCUGUUGCUUCCAAACAUCUCUGAGGACAAACUGAAGAAACAUGUAGAAACCUGUGUGAGGCUCUCUGCUCCUGGACCUCAUGUGUUCCUGUUGGUUCUACAGCCCGAAGACUUCACUGAGGAGCAAAAAGUGAAGCUCUGCAGAGUCCUUGAAAAGUUCAGUGAUCAGUCAUUUGAACAUUCAUUAGUUCUGAAAUCCACUCCCAGAGAAAAGAGCUCAGCUUUCAUGGAAGAAGAUCAACCCUUAAAGGACUUUAUCAGAAAAUGCAAAUACAGACAUUUGAUGCUGAAGAACCUUGAACAUGCAGAGCUGCUAACACACUUGGUUCAAAUUGCAAAAGAGAACAAUGGACACAUGGUCUGUGAUGUACUUGAGGAUGCAGCAACAGGUCUGACUUCUGAUCAGGAAACCAUCAAACAAGAAAAAACAUCAACCUCUCCAUUUGGUCCAACAAAAGAAAUUGUGUUGGACACUGUGGAGCAGAUGAGAUGUACAAACAAACCAUGCUGCUACACAGCUGUAACAUUUGCUCGAGCCCAGAUUGAUCUGAUAACUAAAAAUAUGGUCACUCGUGAUGAAGAGAAGCAGAACACGGAGCCUCUCAGGAUUGUGCUGAUAGGAAAGACCGGCAGUGGAAAGAGCUCAUCAGGAAACACCAUUCUAGGAGAGGAAGUGUUUAAAGAAAUGCCAAGUCAAACAUCAGUCACCAAACAGUGUCAGAAAGCACACGGUGAGGUGGACGGCCGUCCGGUUGUUGUGGUCGACACUCCUGGUCUGUUUGACACAACUCUGUCACACGAAGAAGUUCAUGAGGAGAUGGUGAGAUGUGUCAGUCUUCUGGCUCCAGGACCACACGUCUUCCUGCUGGUGUUAAAAAUUGGUCGUCUGACAGCAGAGGAGAAGGAGACAUUAAAACUCAUAAAAGAAGGAUUUGGGAAGAAUUCAGAAAAGUUCACCAUCAUUCUUUUCACUGAAGGAGAUUCACUAGAACGUGGCAAAAUAUCCACUGAAGAUUAUAUUGAAAGUCAAUGUGAUGAUUCCUUUAAGAAGCUGAUCUCUGACUGUGGAGGAAGAUACCAUGUGUUCAAUAAUGUAGACAAAGAGAACCGCCAACAAGUCAGUGAGCUGAUAACAAAGAUUGACACCAUGGUGAAGGACAAUGGAGGAAACUGCUUCACCAAUGAGAUGCUGGAAGAAGCUGAAGCAGCGAUAAAGAAGGAAAUGGAGAGAAUCCUGAAGGAGAAGGAAGAAGAAAUUAAGAGAGACAGAGAGGAGCUAGAAAGAAAACAUGAGGAAGAAAAGGACGCCAUCAAAACAAGAUUGGAAGAAGAGAAGAAAAUAUUACAGUGGGAAAGAGACCAGAAAGACCAGAAACUCAAACAGAUGGAGGAUUAUCUAAAUAAGGAGCGUGAAGAGAGAAAGAAAGAACAGGAAAUGAGAGAAAAUGAGAACAGAAAACGGGAAGAGGAGGAAGAAAGACGUAGGCAGGAUUUUAUAAUGCAACUUGAAAGAUCGGACAAACAAAUUCAGACAGAAAAAGAAGAAAAGAAAAAUGUGGAGAGAAAGCUGGAAGAGACCAGAGGAGAGAUGAGGAGAAAACAAGAAGCCUGGGAGAAAGAACGAAGAGAAGAAAGAGAGAAACGAAAGCAAGAAGAUGAACAGAGACGACAAGAAGAGAAAGAACUUGAAGAAAAGUACAAACAGAAAAAAGAAAGUUAUGAAAACAAAAGAAAAGAAGAAGAUGAGAGCAGGAGAGAAAAGGAGAAGAAUGAACGAAAAGACCUGGAGGACAAAUAUAAAACAGAAAAGGGAAAUCUGGAGAAAAAAUAUGAAGAAGAAGCCAGAAAGAAAGCUGAAGAGUUCAAUGAAUUCAAGGAAAAAUACAGUCGUAUGGAGAACCAACUGAAAGACAAAGAUGAGAAGUAUGACCUGUUGAAGGUCACAAAAUAA